AUGGUUUUCACAGCUCGCAAAGUAGUGGGCGGGGUGAUGUGCAAAGCGCACGCCCUGUCGCAAGGAGGUCAUGCCGUCUCAAUGAUCUUCUACGACUACGAGGACAAGAAGCGGCACCAGCAUAUGGCACUGUCUGAUGGGAACCAGGCCCCGAGCCAAGCGGAGAAAACUUUGCAGCGCUUGCUGCAGAUGGUGGACUACUGCGAGGAAGUCACUUGUCGACGGGCCUUCAUUUGCAGCUACUUCGACUGUGCCGCUGUGGCGCCGCACUGCAGCCCCAACGCUGCGAUGUGUGACAGGUGCCGAGCGGCGCCUGCCGCGCUGCAGGAUGUGACCUUGGAGGCGCAAGGGGUGUUGCAGUUCCUCCGCGCUGCCCGCGCUGCGCGACCGCGGGGCAAAGCACCACCGGUGACGCUGCACUCUGUCAAGGAGGCGUUGCUGGGUUCCCACGCCCAGCGCAUGGCUCCCUGGCAGGAGCUGCCGGGCUUCGGAGCCUUGCGCACCUGGACCGAGCCGGAGGUCUUGCGGCUGCUGCGUCGCCUGGUGGUGCGCUCCGUGCUGGCGGAGGAGGUCACGACACCAGUUGCUGCGUCCGCCAACGUCACCGUGGCCUACUUGAUCGAGGGCAAAUAUGGCGAAGCCUUGCAGUUGGGGCAGCUGCGAAUUCCGCUCUACCGCCCAAUGGCCGCGCCUGCCUCCGUGUCCAAUUCGUCCUUCGCGUCCGCGGCGGCCACGCCACGAAGGACGAAGAAGAGAAAGCUUGUGGCCAGCCCCAAGCCAUCACAAGACCGGCGGAACCGCAACCGGCGUGUCUCCCAGACACAGAUUCGAGCGUUGCAGUCCAGGCAAUCAGGGCUGGGCCCAGGCAGCUCAGGUCAGGCAAUAGCGAUGGGACAAAUGGCCCAGCAACAGGCACUUCACGGUGGCAGUGUGCAGCAUCAGCCACUUCAUCAGGGUGGGCAAGCAUCUAUGCAGCAGACCCAGCAAUUCCAGCCACAAGCAAACAAUGGCUUUGUGCAGCAGCCGCACAUGCGUGCAACACAACAGUUUCCUCAGCAGAGUAACAGUGCUUUUAUGCAGCAGCCGCACAUGCAGCCAACUCAGCAGUUUCCUCAGCAGAGUAGCAAUGGUUUCGUACAACAGCAAACACAGCAGCAUGCAGGCGUGCAACCACCACUGCAGCAAGCUCAGCAAUUCCAGCUGCAAACAAACAAUGGUUUUGUGCAGCAGCCGCAUAUACAAUCAGCGCAACAGUUUCCUUUGCAGGGAAACCAUGGCUUUGUACAAUCACAAGCACAGCAAGGGGGCAUGCAGCCAAUACUGCAACAUGCUCAGCAUUUCCAGCAGCACACAAGCAAUGGUUUUGUGCAGCAACCAACCCAGCAGUUUGCUCAGCAGGGUCACACUGGCCUUGUACAACGGCAAGCACAGCCAGCAGGUGUGCAGCGACCUCUGCAGCAAGCUCAGCAGUUCCAGCCGCAAACAAACAAUGGUUUUGUGCAGCAGCCGCACAUGCAACCAGCGCAACACGUUUCGUUGCAGGGUAAUCAUGGCUUUGUAAAGUCGCAAACACAGCAAGGGGGCAUGCAGCCACCACUGCAGCAAGCUCAGCAGUUUCAGGAGCGUGCAAGCAAUGGUUUUGUGCAGCAACCGACGCAGCAGUUUGCUCAGCAGGGUCACACUGGCCUUGUACAACCGCAAGCACAGCCAGCAGGUGUACAGCCACAACUGCAGCAAGCUCAGCAAUUCCAGCGGCCAACACAUCCUCAGAGCGUUUUGCCUGGCUGA